AUGGAGCCCUUGUCAGCAACAGGCGGGCGCGUAGUCCCCAAGCUGCAUCUACUCAAUGCCGGCACGGACACCGACAACCGAUUCUCCAACAAUGCUGCUUACGGUGGCUCAGUAAGUGAGCGUCUUCCGCAUCGACCAACACGUCGAUCGCUAGAGCCGUCAACAGCGGGGCGUGUGGGUAAGGUCAUGCCCGCACGAGUGUCAGCAGCGUCGAUGGAGUUCCUCGAGUCGCCCGUACUUCCGCCAAUGAAGCUCCGACCAAUGGCGGGGUUUCACGUCUUACACCCAGCAAUCGAUGAACUCGCAGAUGAACGCGGCGAGGACUUGGCACGUCUGUUGCUGAGUCGAUGGUCGAUCCACUCUGGCGAGGAGCAGUUCGCUUCUAUCUCGCUCUUCUGCGAGAUGAAGCUCAACGAAGCCAAGCGCAUGGCGUCCUGGGCCGAGGCCCCCAAUCGGUUUUACACAGUAGUGUGCUGCCAACUGCUGGAGAAGUACAUCUCGCGGCUAGCAACGAGCAAAACCGUGCACAACGAUGCAGACCCGGUGGCAGCUACUGUCGGCCAGAGCACUGCGUUCUUGCAACGAAUCCACGCGGAGCUGGUGACCUCCAUCUUCUUGCCGCCUACCCAAGCCCAAGUGCAGGAUCAUGCGGCUUCAGGAGGCAGGGUCGACUACGAACACCGCACACCCUACUUCACGGAAUUCAAACGGCUGCGCCGCAAGACACAAGCGCUUGUUGCAACCGUCCGGGAGCGUGAAAGUGCACGCACAACACGCCAGCAGCUUCCGGCGAAAGUCAGCAAACUUGUGGCACAUCUGGCCUGGCGCCGGGAUCGACAAAUUCUCGCUUUAACCUUCCGCGGGUGGGCCAACGCAAUGGCUACUCAACGUCAGAUUCGGGCGCUCAAAAUCCACGCUUUCCAGUCCAUGCGCAAGAUGAAUCUCACUGCGUGGUUCCGUGUCUGGCGUAUUGAAGCGUUGAGGCGAGCGUAUCAGCGUGAGAGCGCAGACUAUCAAGCCAUGCUCUCGGUCACAGCCGCAUCUCUCAGCAGGAAGGAUAUCGCGAUUGCGGAGGCCGAAGCGAAGGUCACGUCCAUGGCAAGGAUCAUCGACAGCUUGACCGAGUCCAACAAGCAGCUAUCAUACCAAGUCGACCAGUUGGAGAAUCUUUCAGCUGCAGCUGCAUUCGCCGGUGGUGGAGAGGGCGGUGAUGACAACCGCCAAGGUUUCAGUGAAAGCGGCACGAGUAGACGGCGCGACAGCAUUGAUGGCAAUGCAUCCCAUAGUCGCAGGCGAGAGGUCAACUACGAGCGUAUUGACACCAUGCUAUCACAAGACGAUGAGCGAAUGGACCGGACCAACCGCAUGUUGCUCGAGACCAUGUUCGGAAUGGCACGAAUGGUCGAGACCUGCGCUAUUCAGAUGUCGAAGGACACCAUGGACUCCCUUGAGUACCAACUCGACGGUAGUGUAUUGCAACAUCUCGCCGAGAUGAUCCAAACGGAAAAUGAACUAAAAGCGAAGGCCGACGCAGCUGACGGAACCUCGGGUCUUACUGCAUUGCACGUGAGCAAACCUGGUGGCGGGCGCACUUCGACUGCAGUGACUUCGUCCUCCUCACUUGCUGCGGCUACAAAACCUGCGCGGGCCCGAGCCGUGACUGUCCGAGACCUGGCCCAAAUGCCGAUCGACACACUGCUGCUGUACUGGUUCCGUAUGCACUUGAGCUUGUCGUCUUCCGUGGAGAAGCCAGGGGACCGCACUGUCAAGAACUUCACAUCAGACCUCGCUGAUGGACGCCGCUUUUCCUUCCUCCUCCAUCGUCUCUUCCCUUCCUGGUUCGACGCCACGAUGGUGCAUGAGCUAGAUGUCGACCAGAGACUUCAAAAUAUCGCCACUUUCCAUGAACGCGUUCAACCAUCAUUGCCUCAAGUCGUCACCAGUGACAGCAUCCACGCAGCGAGUGGCACCGAAAACAUCGCCUUUGUCGCGAUGCUCUUCGGAACUGCAGUUGGCACCGUGCGCAAACUUAACAUGGAGAAGCAGCGCGGGGACUUCCUCAACAUCGUCACCACUUGGAGGCGAGUGCGUAGCUUACUUCUCGAAGUAAAGCGCAUGAACGACAACUACGACGCCGGGAUGGUUGCACACCUGCUCAAGGAAAUGCGAACCUGUGAGAUGCUGUUCAAGCAACUCCAUUCCGAGCUCGAUCACAUCACUGUCACAUCCAACGAAGCCUCCAGCACACUCUCGCAGAUCGCUUACAAGGCACUAUCGAUAACCUGGUCAUGCAUCCGCGCUCGCGAUACACAUCCGAACGCUCCAGUGGGGCUUAUCGACGAACGCACCCACGAACGCGUGCGUGAAUUCUCUCGAGUCGAUGCGUCUUGUAUCCGCGAUUUGCUGGUGCAUGAAAGCGAGACCGCCUUCAGCCAGCUUCACAUGUCGGCGGCUGCCUCCCUUCAGCGUCGCAAAAGCUCAGGCGCAACACCCGUGCUGGUUGCUGGCUCCGCGAUGGCACCAGUCGUGCCAGAACGGGACGUUGAUAUCUCAACUGCUGCUGUGCGCCGCGCUCUGCUAGCGUACAGCAAGGACCUCAACGACAUUUUCAAACACUACAGUGCGAGCGGUGGGGCUGGUAGUCUUGCGGCAAUGAGCUUGACAGAAUUCAACAAGUUCAUCAAGGACUGCUUCAAUGGAGAUAAGCACAUCACGCAAGAAGUGGCCGAGAAGGUCUAUAGGGCGGCACUCCAGCUCGAUUUUGCCCCUACCAACGGCACGAAUGAGGCUUCCUCUGCUCCAGCCGUGGAUGAAGAAGAACCAGAGCUGUCCGGCCGACAGUUUGCGGAUGCUAUCGUGCGCUUAGCCGCGGUCAAGUAUGCCCCGAUGCCAGCGCCACGAGCAGCAGGAAGAGGGGCCCAUGCUCGUGCAGCACCAGCACCGGCACUUCCUCUGGACGAACGGUUCCGCCUUCUCAUGGAGCAGGACAUCCUCCCACAUGCACUGCGAUCUCAACGUGAGCUGUUCCGUGCCGAGGUGGCCGAACCAAAGGUCCGCGAAGUUUUCCAGCGGCACAAGCCUGUACUCCAGCGCGUGUUUCGUUACUAUGCGUCGAUGCACGCUUUGCGGGAGCAGAACUCGACUCUUUCGCUGGCUGCUUUCAUUGUCAUGGCUCGAGACUGCAAGCUCAUCGGGAGCUUUGUGACCGAACACACGCUCAAGCAGGUCCUCGUGAAUCUGCAGCGUGACGACGGAAACUCCUCGUCACCUCCACCAACACCUGGAGCAUUGAGCACGGAGGCCGAGCUCGAAAUGCUGCGCGCAGACUUCAGCGACUUCCAAGAGGCACUCGCCGCUCUCACCGAGUACGUGGUAUGCAACCCGUACGUCCCAUUACACAAGCGUGUCGACCAGUUCCUCCAGGAAAUGCUGCUUCCACGAGCUCGUCAGAAGAAAAAGACUGGCGAGUAA